AUGUGGGACCUCACUAGGGGCACCUGUGCUGCUGUUAGUAAAUUCACGGAGGCUAUUCGAGACGUGAAGUGGGUCACUCUGGGAGAGGGCAAGGAAGGAUACGCUAUCAUGAUGAACAGAAAGAUUCAAGUCUUGUCCGUUUCCGACCACCCAGGUGGGGAGGGCUCCUCCCUUCCUGCGCCAUACGAAAGCGACGCUUUGCUCUCGAGCAUGUGUUUCGUCGACGGUCGCCUCAUCGUGGGAAAGGCCAACGGGUGUCUGGUCGUCCUCAGAGUCGCCUCCAAUGGGGACCUAGUAGAGGAAAGUACGGUUGAUCCUGCUGAUGGAGACGAUGAUGACGAGGAGGAGGAGUCCAGCUUUGCACACGGUAGUCGUGUAAAAGGGGUGAUGGUUGCCGUGGAUGAGGAGGAUCUCACUCUGGUCGUCACAGUGUGCUCCGAUGGUCGGUUUAUAUUAUGGCAGCUGGCUGCUGGUGAGCUCGCUGGUGUUGCUAGUGUUGAUAGCGGCUGUCGUAUCACCUCGGCCUGUACGGAGAUGCUCACGGCCGACUCUGUUGCCGAUAAGGUUGAUGGGGGGAAGGCUGGCGGGCAUCACCGACGCAAACGUCGGGGUAAGGUCGAUAGUAACGAGGAAGAGUCGCCGGCCCUGGAGGAGCCGAAGAAAGAGAAGAAGAAAUCUACGAAGCGC